UGGUAGCACCCACUCUUUGUCGCCAAUCAUAUACAUCUUCACACCCAUCUUUUUCACCCGCACUCUCAGAGAGAGAAAGAUAAUAGCUUUGCCCUAAUUAUCUUAUCUGCGUUUCGAAAUCAUGGCUGGAAGGAGAAAGAAAAAGUCGAAACUGUUACCUGAAGCAAUCAAAGAUGACAAAAUAGUUGCAAAAAAUGGACAGUCAGAUGAUCACUGCCCAAUGCUUCAGCUUCCGACAGAGAUUUUGGAACUGAUUCUUUCUCAGUUAUCCUUGAGAGAUAAUAUCCGUGCUUCUGCUGUUUGCAAAAGAUGGUGUGCCGCUGCUACCUCAGUCCAAGUGGCUGAUAAACCUCCGUGGAUUAUGUUUUUCCCGAAAUUUGGUGACUUAUAUGAAUUCUAUGAUCCUUCUCGGCGCAAAUCAUAUUGGCUUGAUUUGUCAGAGCUAAAUGGCUCUAGGAUUUGUUACGCCAAGGAUGGUUGGUUGCUUUUUUACAAGCCUCGAACUAAACGGAUAUUCUUUUUUUGUCCAUAUACUCGAAAGUCGGUCAAAUUGCCUAGACUAGAACUGACGUACCAAGUAGUUGCCUUUUCUGCUGCCCCGACUUCUUCCAGCUGUAUUGCAUUUACAGUUAAGCACACCAGCCCCACAGUUGUUGUGAUUAGCACAUGCCGUCCUGGGGAAACUGAAUGGACUACCGUCAACUACCAAAGCCGUCUGCCAUUUGUCAGCAGCAUUUGGAAUAAGCUGGUUUUCUGCAAUGGUCGUUUUUAUUGUUUGAGUGUAACAGGAUGGUUGGGAGUUUAUGACCCUGACAACAGUACUUGGAGUAUUUAUUCUGUGCCUCCGCCCAGAUGCUUUUUUGUCAAGAAUUGGUGGAAAGGGAAAUUUAUGGCAGAACAUAAUGGAGAUAUUUUUGUUAUAUAUACGUGCUCGGUUGUAAACCCAGUGACAUAUAAGUUAGACCAAGUGAAUAAAGUGUGGAUUGAGAUGGAAAAUUUAGGAGGCAUGACUCUUUUUGCAAAUUUCUUGUCGUCAUAUGCGAAGUCAGACCUUCUUGGAAUGAUGAGAAACAACAUUUUUUUCUCUAAAGUUCGAUUUUAUGGAAAAAGGUGCGUGUCAUACUCUCUGGCAAGUGGCAGAUACUAUCCCCGCAAGCAGAGUUAUGAUUGGGGAGAACAAGAUCCUUUUGAGAGUAUUUGGAUUGAACCCCCUGAAGACCUCUCGAUCUUUCUUUAAAGGCGAUGGCAAUAACUUCUUGAAAGGAGAUAGCAACACCUUAAUGAUAUAAAGUGAAGCAUUUAUGCUACUUGUAUGUUCUCCUGUAAUCUGCUUGUAGCUGUUGGAAGGAUGACUUUCAUCACAUAAAUGUUUUUUACUUUUCUUCUGCAGAAUUUAUGCAGCUACUCAGUAUGGAUAAUUUAUAAACUUGGUUCACAAUAGCUUACUGUUUUGAUUCUGGAUUUACGGGGGUCUAUGGCU